ACGGGACUGGCGAUGUGGUGACAUGGGGGGAGUCCAGCUGCGUCUUUGGAAUGUUGCAUGGUGUCUAAUCUAUAUAACAGCCAAUUUAUCUUCCUCAGCUGCCAACUCGUCUCCGGUUGUAUUGAAGUUUUCCACUUCCAUGGCAUCAAACAAUACCUUCACCACUUGGAAACAAUGCAAAAAAAUACGCUAAAAUUACCCUCAUUGUCAUCAUUAUCCAUACCUCUAUAUGGAGAGCAUAAACAGAGACUAUCACUACCGGCGCUGGAACAUCACGGUGGCAGUAUUGCUGGUCCAACCGCAAAUGACCAAACUGUCCUGCCCAUUGCUCAGAUACCUUCUCUGAACUACAGUCCGUUUGAACACCACGGGCACCAUUUUCAAUCACAGCAGCAGACUCAACCUUCUGGUGUUCAACCACAUAUUCCUACACAGCAAGAUUCACACUCACCAAGCUCACAGCAGAGACAACAACAGCAGCUACAGCAACAGCAGCUACAUCACCACCAUCAACAUGAACAACAACAACAGAUUGGGUCACAAUACUAUUCUGUGCCGUUCUCUGUAAAUGGACCAAUACACGCACCAGUAUACCCAGAGGUGCCCCGCCACUACUCCCUGCCCGUAAACGUUAUCCCAGCACAGAAUGGUGCUCAUCCUAUCCAAGGUGUAUACCCUCAUCCGUUGCAGGGGCAGACUAGACGGCGACCGCGCUCGAAGAGGUAUACAAACCUUCAGUGCCAACGUUGUGGAAUAACUGAAACACCUGAAUGGAGGAAGGGACCCAACGGAGCACGUACUUUGUGCAAUGCCUGUGGGUUAUUCCACGCUAAAGUUCUCAAAAGAGAUGGUGCUGAGGCUGCGGCUCUGGCCGUUGUCAACACUGAGGUGAAGAAAAGAAGAAGAAGACAGAGAAAGUACAAGCCAAACGAACCAAUGACAAUCCAGGUCCCAGUCCCCAUUGCACUCCCGAUCCCUAUGGGCAUGGCACCGGUACCGGUGCAGGCACAGGCUACAACACAGGCGUAUUGUUGACCAAUAUGCUGCUAUUGAGUGAUGACAAUAAAAAGAGUAUAAUAAAAAAUUUCUUUUGAAGUACAGAGCCCAUAUAACCAGCUAUAACGUAAACAGCUUACAAUAUUGCAAGCAAGCCGUCAAACUGCUCAUGAUAUAACCUGAGUAUGUGUAUUCUUGAUGAAUAAAUAGGGGAUCAAACACGAAUAAGGGACAACGUUCAUAUCUUCA